AUGGAGAAUCAGCGAUCUCGGCGAUGAAUCAGAGGAGAUACUUUUGCCACGCUUGCACAAACCAGGGAGCAUUGAGAGAUGGUCUAUGUAGCAGAUGUAGCAGCUCUUUUGUAGAAGAACUUGGGGAGCAGACCACCGGCGAGGAUCCUAGGAGCUUUACUCUCGGGACACUAGGAAAUCCUAUACAGGAUUUCUUAGCCUCUUUUAUCGGUACGCAAGAGCAGGAAGGCCAGGAGCAAUCGCAAUCUUCCAACUUCAGACCACCGAGUCCCCCAGCGAAUACAGCAACACAUCCAGGACAAAGACGUGGCUUUGUCAUGCUUGGUAAUCCUGCAAAUCCGAUACGCUUCUCUUUUGGAGAUAGCAGAGAAGACAGGGAAAUGCCGUCAUUGAGCGAUUUCCUAGCAAACUCAUUCCAGCCACCACCAAUACACAGAGAGACACAUCCUAAUAGCACUGCCAACCAGCCUGAUCAGCAAGCUGGCGUCGGUAUUGGUGGAUACCUACAACAACUCCUUUCCUCACUCUUUAACGGUCCAGCUGGCGUACCAAAUGUAAUGUUCAACAACGGCCAAGCUCAAUUCGGUGAUUAUAUACUCUCACAGGCUGCAUUUGACAGAUUCAUUGAUGAUUUGAUGCAGAACCAGCAACCACAGGGACCACCACCGGCAUCAAAAGAGACAAUAGAUAGUUUACCACGUGGAAUAGUUGACAAACAGUGGUUAGAUGCACAGGAUAUUUUAGAUUGUAGUGUUUGCAAGGACGACUUCCAGAUUGGUGACAAGAAUAUUACGUUACCGUGUAAGCACGCCUAUCACCCAGACUGCCUAAUACCCUGGCUUGAGCAUAAUGGAACCUGCCCAAUUUGCAGAUACAGCCUCUCAAUGUCUCAAGAAGAACACUCUCGGCGGCAGAACGAAAGACACAGACGGAGCACAAGUGAUCCAACCCAUAAUAUGCCUGGAUCAUUUGGUGUACACCCAGAUGAGCUAGAUUAAACGACUAUUGUAUAAUUUUAUUUUGCAUUUU